UGGCGGUGAAACAAUACAACGUGUAAAAUUUAGACGAAAUUUGCAACAAUUUCGCCACCUACGAUUUGUUGUUGUACAGCAGCAGAUUAAUAGCAGCUGUAACAAAAAGCCAGAGAAUUACGGCGUCAGUCAAUACAAUAACAAGACUGAAAAGGUGUCACCGGAUAAACCGCAUACAUAGACGCAUUGCUUGCUUUUAGUGUGUGCUGCCAGACAGUGAGCGGAAAGUGCUGCGAGCUAGUGCAUGAAAAAAGAAAAAUAAGGCAGCGUCUAAGUUGGCGACGUUCGGUUGAAGCCAAAAAUUAAUUAUUGAAAGGCUGUGCCUUCUUUACACAAAUAAGUCUCCUUGUCCGCCCGUGCGUCGCGACGAAAGGCAACCGCGUGUUUGGUCUGAGUGCGCUGCAGAAGAAGGAGGGGGGCGAAAGUGUGUCGUCUUCGGAGUGUGCUUGUGUUUGUGUGCAGAGCAGAGCAGAGGGCAAAAAGUGAAAUUUUCCACACAAAAAAAGUUUAUACAUUUAUAAAUUUGAAGGAAAUUAUACGAGUUACUCACAACAUAAAAGAACAACAACAAUGGCGCAGGAUAAUUCGGAUUUAGGAACAAAAUUCUCAACACUCAACGUAAAUGCAGUGGAAUUCGUGCCUAGCUUUGGUAAUUACACCAGCGGUCCCACCGUAGCGGCUGUUGCGUCGAUACCAACGCCAGCACAACAACAGGCCGUUGACAACGCUGUUGCACCGGGCGGAUCGAAUCCGGUAUCAGGUAGUGCCACACCUGCCACAACACCAGAUUCAACGGGCAGUGCCGGCUCAACAAAUGCAUUGAAUGCUGCAGCUGUUGUUGCUGCUACUGCUGCCACAGUGGCGCCAUCAUCGGCGGCUGCAUCAAACUCAGCAUCACCGGCGCAAGGAUCGCCGGUUACCACGCCUUCUACUGCAGCAGCGGCACCCAUUGAGAACAUCAGUGCGGGGGACAAAACUACGGCCAACAAUGAAACCGAUCCUGCUGAUAGCUGGGAUGUGGAAGAAGAUGCAGUUAUAACGCCAGAAGAUGAGGAAGUCGAUAAUGAUGAAUUCAAUGAAGGCGAAGCCACGCCAAAGGUCUCAAAGAAAAAGGUCGUCAAGGUGGAGGAGAACAGAAGCAAGCGUGAGCAUGUGAAUGUUGUGUUCAUCGGUCAUGUUGAUGCUGGCAAAUCAACAAUCGGUGGGCAGAUCAUGUCCCUCACAGGCAUGGUGGACAAGCGCACGCUGGAGAAAUAUGAACGUGAGGCACGUGAGAAAUCCCGCGAAAGUUGGUAUCUCUCGUGGGCGCUGGAUACAAAUCAGGAAGAACGUGACAAGGGUAAAACCGUCGAGGUGGGCCGCGCCUACUUUGAAACAGAUCGCAAGCAUUUCACCAUUUUGGAUGCGCCGGGACACAAGAGUUUUGUGCCCAACAUGAUUGGCGGUGCAGCGCAGGCAGAUUUGGCGGUGCUCGUGAUUUCAGCGCGAAAAGGUGAAUUCGAAACGGGCUUCGAUAGAGGCGGACAGACGCGUGAGCAUGCUAUGUUGGCCAAGACUGCGGGCGUUAAGCAUUUGGUCGUGCUGGUUAACAAAAUGGAUGACCCCACAGUGAAUUGGGAUCAAACGCGUUACAACGAAUGUAAAGACAAGAUACUACCAUACCUCAAGAAGCUGGGCUUCAAUCCAGCCAAGGAUCUUACCUUUAUGCCUUGCUCGGGCCUCAGCGGCCUGGGCCUCAAGGAUCAAGUGCCCGAGGAGCUGUGCACCUGGUACAGAGGGCCUGCCUUUAUACCAUUUAUCGAUGAGCUGCCCUCGCUUAAUCGCAAAACCGAUGGACCCUUCAUUAUGCCAAUUGUGGACAAAUAUAAGGAUAUGGGUACUGUCGUUAUGGGCAAAGUGGAGUCAGGCGUUGCGCGCAAGGGACAGAAUCUGCUCGUCAUGCCAAAUAGAACGCAAGUGGCCGUUGAUCAACUGUUUUCAGAUGACUACGAGGUUACUUCUGUCGGUCCCGGCGAGAAUGUCAAGAUCAAGCUGAAAGGCAUUGAGGAAGAAGAUGUUUCACCCGGCUUUGUGCUUUGCGAUGCCACCAAUCCAAUUAAAACAGGCAAAGUGUUCGAUGCUCAGGUCGUUAUAUUAGAACAUAAAUCAAUUAUCUGUGCGGGCUACUCAGCAGUGAUGCACAUACACUGCGCAGCCGAGGAAGUAACGGUGAAGGCACUCAUUUGUUUGGUCGACAAAAAGACCGGUGAGAAAUCAAAAACACGUCCAAGAUUUGUGAAACAGGAUCAGGUCGCCAUUAUGCGUAUUGAAUGCUACGGAAUGAUUUGCCUUGAACAAUUUAAACUGUUCCCACAAAUGGGUCGCUUUACGCUGCGAGAUGAAAAUAAAACCAUUGCCAUUGGCAAGGUACUGAAGGUGAUCGAAUAAAUUGAGCCCAGCUAUUAUUCGAGCCUCCGCCUUUCACUUUCGGCUUUA